UUCAAGAUCUCAAAAUAACCGAAAUCCAAUUAACGCGUGUAUUGCAUAUCGUAAAACAAACAAACAACCAAAUACGACAAAAGAAACAUUAACAAAAUGACAAAAGUCGAAUUAUAUAAAUCGCGUAUAUUCGUAACGAUCAUACAUUUAUUGGCUUUGGGCCAAUUUGUAUAUGCGUUUUAUUAUCACAAGUUCGAACCGCAAAGAAGCUAUAAAUUCAAAAAUUCCGAAGUUAAAAAUAUGGUACCCGAUACGAUGGAGAAAAAAGUGCAGUAUUUAACAUAUUGGUGUUUGAUUAUUCAAGCUUUGUAUUAUACGAUUUCAUUGAUAAAUGAUUUUGUGGGUAGCAAUGAAGUGGCUCCCAAAAAAAUGCCAUUGAUACGUAAAGUUAAGGAUUAUAUGAUGGCCACAUUUGCUUUCCCGAUCGCUUUAAAUGUGGGAAUUACUUUCUGGGGCCUAUAUGCCGUGGAUCGUGAACUUGUCUUCCCCAAAGUUUUGGAUGCUGUAUUCCCUAGCUGGCUAAAUCAUAUCAUGCACACAAACAUUGUGGUAUUCAUCGUUUUGGAAAUGUUCAUCUCCUUCCGUUCAUAUCCACCCAGAGCUAAAGGUGUUGCUGGCCUCUCUUUCUUCAUGAUAUGCUACUUGGUAUGGUUGCAUGUGGUCAAACACUACUCCGGCGUUUGGGUGUAUCCCGUUUUGGAAGUUUUGCAAUUACCCCAACGUAUUGUUUUCUUUGUUGGCUCUCUGGUCUUCACUUUAGCCCUGUAUAUGUUUGGUGAGGUAAUGAACAAUAUUGUCUGGUCGAAGGAACUUAAAAUGGCUCAACGUAAACAUAAAUAAGUUAAUUCAAUGUUAGACAAUAUCUUCUAAGCCAACAAAAUUCAGCCUUUUCUUCUUAUUGAGAUCCUUUAAACUAAAUCUAAAUCAUACACAUAAUUUUUGACAAAACCGAAAACAAAACCAAAAAUACAUACAUAUAUUCUUAUGAUAAAUCUAAAUUUUUAAAGCUUUGUGACAUAAUAUUAUAUCUAAAUAUUUAAUAGGUAUUUACAUUUUAGAGCAAAACUUAAAAUAUCAACCAAAAAAAAAAACUCAAAUGGCCUUUAUUUCUUUAAGGCUUAUUUAGUAAAAAUACAUAUGUUUAAAUUUGUAAUUGUGUUUCUAAAUAGUAAUAGUGAUUAAAUUUAAUUAUUCCAAGUUUGAUUAGUAAACAUUUUGCAAAAUAAUAUUAAACAUUUUUUAAAACCAGUAAAACAACAACACCUUCUCAUAUCAAAAAUGCACGUUACAAGAAAACUACAACAAUUGAUUUAAGUUUUUUGACACAUCAAACUAAUAAAAUAUACAUAAAUGAAGAUUAAAAAAGAAAACACAAACGAGAUUCAAUAAAAAAAUAAAUAAUGACAAAAAGUUUAAUUAAUAAA